AUGCUUUUGGGUUGCGCCGGCGAAUUCGAUCGUGGGUGGGCUAGAAGCGAAGCCGGCGAUUAUCCGUUUGCCGUCACGCUGCAGGUCUAUAACCAAGUCAAAAAAAAAUGGCUCACCGUCUGCGCCGGAUCGAUAAUCGAUCGCGAAUGGGUCCUCGGAGCUGCGAAUUGUUUCUACUUUGGAAGCCGUAGAACUCCCGCCGAUCAGUACCGAAUCGUAGCUGGGAGUACCAGAGUAACUUCGACAAGUACAGACGAUGGAAUUACGCAAGUCAUCCAAGUCGCCGACGUCGUCAUCCACCCGGAAAUGAAAGUUGAUGACAAACCGAAUGAUGAACUGGACCUCUUUAUCUACAACGAGCUUGCAUUAAUCAAGUUGAGCAAACCCCUCAAAUUCGGGAAAACAGUCCAGAAGGUUCUCAUCCCGUUUCCAGAAAAAUCCCUGAUCAGCAAGGGAAAGCUGGUUGAUGUAAUGGCCUGGGGGAAGACAGGCAUGGAUGAACCCGCUGCUGAGCAUCUGCGCUAUUACCGUGCCUCGAUCCAGCCUAAGAAGCGUUGUGAUAAUGCCUGGAACUAUAAAUUCCCAUCCGAAAUCAUUUGCCUGAUGGCAAAUCAGUUUAAAGGCGUUUGUAAUGGAGACUGGGGAGCCGCAGCUGCCCGGAAAAUUCAGCAUGAAGGCAAAGAGCAAAUAGUCCAAGCGGCCGAGAUCUUUCUGCACCCACAAUUCUAUCGAGAUCUUGAGACCGAGGAAUCUGAUAACGACAUUGCACUCGUCAGGCUAAGCCAACCGCUGAACUUCACCAAGACAGUCAUCCCGAUCCUCGUCCCGACGACGUUUGAUUGGGUCGCGCAGCAGCCGACCUUCGAAAUUGCCGGAUGGGGGAGGACGGGAAUCAUACAGCCCCCCAGUGAGCAACUGAUGAUGUACCACGCCCAAUGGAUCCCACCGACUAACUGCCCUGGUCGGAGGCCAGGCACAGAGACCUGCUACAACGGUGUUGAGGCAAAUAGUGGGCCAUGCUUGGGCGAUUCCGGAGCCGCAGUAGCCGUACGGUACCGUGGUGGUUGGUGGCAGGUGGCCGUGCAUCAUGUGGGAGAGCGCCGCUGCAAAUUUUCCCGAUUUCCAACAGCCUACGGAGUUGACGCGACCGCCUAUUGUGACUUUUUUGCACAAACGAUGAAGAGACAACCUCCCCACAAAAAGGUCGUUGGUGGCACCGUGACGUCGAUCGAAACUUAUCCCCAUGCCGUCGCCUUGCGUGUAAUAUAUAACGGUUCCUGGGUCCACAUUUGUGGUGGUUCGAUCAUUGCUCCAGAGUGGGUGCUCACUGCCGGACACUGUGUCUACGAUGUGGUUAGGCGACAGAAAAAAAGUCCGCUUGGAAUCUUCGUCUUCGCCGGCGCACAGCACAUGGCAAAGGGCAUCGUUGAUCCCUCGACCGUGGUCAUCGAACUGGCCAGCAUCCAUCCACAUCCACAAAUCUACGAACCUCUCGGAGAAAAUGACAUCGCGUUGGUCAGGCUUACCAGCCCUAUCAAAUACACCAAGCAACGUCAGCCGAUCACCAUCCCGAGCAAUUUUGAUUGGCGCUACGUGACGAAGCCGCUGGUGAUUACUGGAUGGGGCAGGACUGGCAAAAACAAACCGUUCAGCGUGGAUCUGUUGUUGUACAAAGCAGACUUGGUUCCGUGGAAGAACUGCGAACCCAACCAUGUGAUGCCCAAACGCGCCAUUUGCUAUAAGGGACCAAGAAACGUUGGGCCCUGCGGUGGCGAUUCGGGCGAUCCGGUCGCAACCCAGACCAAGGCAGGCCUGGUGCAACUUGGCGUUCAUGGGGGUGGAGAAUUCAAUUGUGACUAUUCCGUGAAACGCACAGCAUAUGGCAGCAACGCGACUGCCUACUGUGACUGCCCGGCCAUUUGCAUUUCCGGGAAGAGAAACGUCGGUCCUUGCGAGGGCGAUUCCGGCGCGGCAGUAGCUACACAAUACCACGGCCGGUGGUUGCAACUGGGUGUGUAUACAAGAGGACGGUUCGACUGUGACUAUUCGGUCCAUACAACUGCCUUCGGCGUCGACGCCACCCAAAACUGUGCCUUCUACGAGCAGACGAUUGGCCGCCCGGUGUGCGUCUCGCUG